AGAGGAGCACGCUGAGUGUUUUUCUGCACCUUGUUCCUGUCGAGUUGUCAGGAAAGGCAGCGCUGCCUGUUACACUUUGUCCUGGCGAGGAGUGAGCGGGCGCCGCAGAUUCCAGCCCACAUCUGCAAACGCUCGAGCUGCACUGGGCCGGGGGCCUGUUCCUCCCCGUUCCUGGAGAGAUGCCCUUGAAUGUCAGAGCUGUGGUUACCACAAUCGCUCCGCAGAGAGUGGCUCCCACUCCUUCGGGCACCACAAAAUCCUUUUUUACCUCCUGCUGCCAGCCUAGGUGCGGCUGAAACGCUGGGCUGUGACAGGGACGUCCCACCUCCCCGGUGCUCGGAGCUUAACGAAGGGCAACAGAAAUGCUAUGUGUCGGUCGGCGAUGCCUGCUGGCUCGGCUUGGCCCCAGCCUUUCUGUGCGACACGUUGUCCCGAUGGGAACGACGGCCAAGGAGGAGAUGGCCCGCUUCUGGGAGAAGAACACCAAGUCCAAUCGCCCCCUGUCCCCUCACGUCACCAUUUACAAGUGGUCGCUGCCCAUGGCCAUGUCCAUCACGCAUCGGGGCACCGGCGUGGUGCUGAGCUUAGGAGUCUCCCUCUUCGGCCUGGCCGCGCUGCUGCUCCCAGAGCAGUUUCCCCACUACCUGGCCAUGGUGAAGUCGCUCAGCCUGGGGCCCGCACUCAUCUACUCUGCUAAGUUCGCUCUGGCUUUCCCCUUCUCCUACCACACCUGGAAUGGAGUCCGACACCUUGCGUGGGACAUGGGGAAGGGGUUCAAGAUCCCCCAGGUCAACCAGUCUGGGGUGCUGGUCCUGAUCCUGACCCUGCUCUCCUCUGCGGGCCUCGCGGCGAUGUGAAGGAACCUCCCAGUUGACGGCCUCCCUCUUUUUGGAAGAUUUGCUCCAUCCUGGCCCACCUCAAGAUGUGUGUGGAGAGGGAGGUGGGAGGACAGGCUCCUGAGUAACUACAAAUCUUUGGGGAAGGUGACGCUUCCCCUCCUCGCAGAUCUCGUGUGGGAUCAGAGUUGCUUUCCGUUAGCCUGGGUGAUGUGCUAACCCCCUCGCAGCAGUCUCCGGCCGUGCCACAUGCCCAAGCAGCCACAGAGAGCAAAUUACCAGCUGAUCCUGGCACGUUCAGUCGCUCGCAGAGAGCUGCCUGGCUUCUUCCAGGCGAGCUCCGGGGCGUUUCUUUUCUGUGCUCUGUCCCCAGGCUUGAGACAAUGCUGAAUCUGUGUCCCCCAGGUCCGAGUGGGCUCAGGGACGGCUGCUCGUGCGUGUGUAGGCCCGGCGCAGGACAAGCCUCUGCAUUGAGGCAGCCCGUGCCAGGGCCGGGAGAGCGGGCGGAGCUGCCAACGCCGGCACCCGCGAGGGGAACGGGGGGUCGGUGCCAUCCAGGUGCCGCAGCAGCCGCGGGACCCUGUCUGAGCCCGGCAGCGUGAGCCACCUGGGACAGGGUGCUCGGACCCACGGAGUGAGUCCCCGCUCCUCCUUAUCCCUGAACAUGGCACAGUUCAGCCAGUUUUGGGGCCCUGGAGCCCCUGCCUGUGAAAAACGUCCGAUUUUCCUCUGUUAGGAGGUUACUCUGUCCCUGGCGCACGGGGGGGCGGACAUCGUUUUCUGAUCGCCUGUUGCCACCGGCUCUCAUUCCAGCACUUGUCACUCAUCCACCUUUGCAAUAAAGCAGCCUUGAUCCUCCGCACCGA